GUGCUGCUGUUAAUGUGUGGGCAAUAAUGUUCACAUUAAAAGGUACUCAUACACAUUUCACGUGUUUGCUGCUGUUGUUGCUAUUCGUAAUAUCACUAUUACCGUAGGUUAGGGCGGAACGCUGAGUAUUUACUUGCUAACGAGCGCGACGCUCGGACAACUACAACACAGCAGGAAGGAAGCCGUAAAACUGGUAUAACGAGCCGCUACUGGUGCCACCAACAGCAAAAGUAAUAGCAACAACAGCGACAACCGCUUUAUUCGCCGGUGCCUGGGGUGAGUUGUGUUGGUCACACACUUGUGUUGCUGGUGGUGGUGGCGACAACGUGUUUAUUAUAGCUGCUGCGCUCUACUCUAUCGGCUGGCGGAGAAUCAAAAAGCGGAACGUUUUAUUAUUAAGCUGCUGCUGCUGCUCUGGUGCGGUUGCAAUAAUCGAGACUCGCGUGCGUUCGCACAAAACCACUUCAUAACUGUUUGGCUACACGUUCAAGUUAAUUUGCGCGCUGUUCGCUUUUCGCUGCUCGCCUACUCAACUCGUAAUAACGGUUUAAGAACAUAUGCACACACACAUUAUCAAGUUCGCAUAAGCGCAUGUGUGUGUGUGUAUGUAGUUGUGCGUAGUCCGCGACAUAUUUGUGCAAUUGGCGUUGACAGCUCUUUUUGUCAGCGCAAGCGUUUGACACCAAACACAUUCGCGACUCAUACACGCUCGGCGAGUGGCACGGCAAUUGGCCAUUCGACAAAUCGGCUUACGUUCAAAAGCGUUUAAGCGCUUGCUCUGACGCGUUCCGUUGAAAGUUGUGAAGUUGCGCCCAAAUUAAGUGGCAAUUUUGUGAAAAGACAAAAAACAAAUAAAAGUGUGUGUGCAAAAUAACAGAAAAUAAUAAAACUACUUACUUAAAAAGUAUACGAAAAGCCGUUAACUGUUCUAAAAACCUUUGAUAAUUAGUUGAAACAACUCUCUUUUGAAUUAAAAAUACUUUUCUUAAAGUAAUACGCGUUUUAUCAACUUCUUCAGUAUAAAUAAUAAGUGCAGUGAUUUGUGUUUCCGUGAGUUUACACUAAAUUGGCGCCACAACACCUCACCAUGUCAUCAACACACGAGCAUGAGGAUGAGGAGCGUGACGAUGUGGAGGAUGAACAGGAGAUUCACGUUGAUGUGGAUUCGGAUUCACGUAUUUCCUGUGGCAGCGGCUCCGAUGUGGAUAUGGAAGGCGGCAGUUGCUAUGAUGAAAUGGAAACGCCGCUAAGUGAAUCCGUGCAGUCGGAGCAAACGCGCUCAUCGUCAAGUGAGAACUUACCCUUUAGCAUAUCACGCCUGCUGUCGAAGCCCUUCGAAAACAACAACAAACAAAGUCCUGAAAAAGACAUACAGAGUGAACAUGACUUAGCUGCGUACAAGUUGGCCACAAGCAUAGCAACAUCGACGUAUGGCGGCGCCACCGCACUCUAUACAUAUCCGCAUCUAUACCCCACCGCAGCUGCGGCGGCCGCUGCAGGACAUGUACUGCGCGUACCGCCGCAACGCACACCGUUAACCUGGGCGCUACCGCCGUUGCACCACGCCGCUUUGGCACAUCAAGCGGUCAAGGACAGAUUGGCAGCUGCCUUUCCCAUCACCCGUCGCAUCGGCCAUCCAUAUCAAAAUCGCACACCACCAAAGCGGAAAAAGCCCCGCACAUCCUUUACACGCAUACAAGUCGCUGAAUUAGAGAAACGUUUCCACAAGCAAAAAUAUUUAGCGUCCGCCGAGCGAGCGGCACUGGCGCGCGGUCUUAAGAUGACCGAUGCACAAGUGAAGACUUGGUUCCAGAAUCGGCGCACGAAAUGGAGACGUCAAACGGCUGAAGAGCGCGAAGCUGAACGUCAAGCGGCAAAUCGUCUGAUGUUAUCCCUGCAGGCAGAAGCAAUUAGCAAAGGAUUUGCGCCACCACCAGCCGCGCAACUGUCCUCACAAGCGGUUAACGGUGCUCCAUUGGCGGCACUGCACGGACUUCAGCCCUGGGCUGAGACACACGCGGCUGGUUGCUAAUCCUCCCCACACUAAGGACAAGCCGGAACCAGAACCGUAUUGGUGCACCAAAUAUCUAAGUGCAGUAAAGUUCAUUUGUGAUAUGCUUUGUAUAUAUAGGAAAAUCUACUACACUUACACAUACAUACAUACAUACUAAAUAUUAUUAUAAUAAAUACAAGCAAGACGGAAUUAAUCUCAACAAAAAUUAAGUAUUAGCUAUACUGUUUAAUUUAUAAGCGUAAAGAGAACAAAAACAACUUAAUUACUCUGCAAACUAAAAUAAGACUAAGCCGAACUUAAGUUGUCACAGAGGAAUUCUGAAAAAAAAAAAUUGAAAGUGUAAUAACAUUUUUGCAUUGUAGAUGUACUAUCUGAAACUUUUUUAUUUAUUGUCAGGUAAAGUUAUAGUGGUUUCGAAAAAAGUAUAUAAAUUAUUUAAAAUGAAGUAAUGAAGUCUUUGCAUAUAUAAUUUCCUUUGUGACAAUUUGCUUUUAAACUAAAAAAAGGCUUCAAUUAAAGUUCAAUUUUAAAAUAAAUAAGUAGUAUUAAUAUGUAGUAAAAAAGCAAUUAAAAUAGGCUGAGUAAUAGUAAUGUAUAUAUAGUAAGCUACUGACAUUCGUUUUUUAGAAUUUUUUUCUAAUAAGUUAUAUAAGCAAUUAUGGCAUAUGACUGGUUAUUGCGAAAAUAUCAGAACAAAAUAAGGUGAUGAGGCACUUUCAUACAAAUUUUUUUACUAAGGCAUCAAAGCGCAUUUUAAAAGCACAAUUCUUCAGUUGGAAACUAGAUUCAAGGCUAAUUACACUGAUUAACAAAAAAUGUAGUUUUCAAGUAUUUUAAUACAAAUCUUUAAUACCUCAUUCAACCUAAGGAUGCUCAUCCCUGAAGUCAUUCAAUUUUGUUUUUCUUUUCGGUUCCGGCUCAUUGUUGGAGCGACGUUCUCCAGAUUGUUUCAACGCCCAAUUAGAAGUUAUGAAUACAAUAAUCCGUCUUACCACCAGGAAUGAUGAAUGUCGGAUCUCCCGCAUCUCCUUUGUAACCUCUACUCGAUGAAAAGAUUCAGGUAUUUUAGUAGGAGUUCACUAUUCAUAUCCAAAACAUUAACCAAAAUCUAUUAACCAAAUCUAUUAUCAUAAGAGAUAUUGAUAGCCUCUGCUAUCUCUACAAACCUAACGUUAUGAUAUUUAAACUCUGUUUCCUUAAAUUGUUGAAUGUUAUCUUCAUCACCAGUGGUGGAUCACACAAAUGCUUAACUAGGCAAAGUUGUAAGUAAUAUGCACUCCUAUUAAGGAAGUAUUCCAUUCUCUAAUCCUUCCUGGUUUUCACUUUACGUAAGUACUACUAUGAUCAAAAAGUGUGGUGAAAUUUUCAUUUAAAACUCCCGGCCAACGCGUAAGGACAAACCAUCAAACUAUAUCGACGAAAACCACGUCAAAAAAAUCAAAUAUUUGCUGCUUGAAAAUCGUCAAUUGAUAAUUAGAGACUUUGCUGAUAGUAUUGUAAUAUCUCAGCUCAAACCAUUUGAAGAACGUUUUGUGUCUCAAACGGGUCAAGUCUCGAUGGUGGUCUUCGCGACUAUUUUAUCAAAAAUUCGACUCAUAUCGUUCCACAACCACCGCAUACGUCUAACUUGGUUUCGUGUUACUUCUGGCGAUUCAGCGAACUCAAAAGGUGCAACAUAACUGAGCGAAGUUUACCUGAGACCCAAUCAUUCAGCAAUAGUUCCCAAGAGUAUAAAUCAACUCUGUCACAUAUGCUUUAUUGCAGACUUUUUAAUUUAAAAUAAACUUCCAGGCAUUUUGUAAAAUUCUCGCUUUAACUGAACUCUUUUAAAGCGAAUUUUUGCAAACAGAAUAAUCACAAUAACCGUCGGUAUGUUAUAAGCGCUUUAAUACCUUUAGAAAAAACAUAGAUUACAGCUUUUUUAACACUUGCGUUUACGUAGGCAUAAAAAACGACGAGAGAAACAAGAACACAAUCACUACAUAAAUCGCUAGCGAACCUCUUUCCCAAUUCAACAAAGCUUAGAAUAUUAUAAUUAGUUUAGAUUAACUUUAAAUAAAACCACAAGAAAUCGUGUAUAAAAAAACAGUAAUAAUAAAACACGACGCAUUAUUUAAAAUAAUAAAUGUACAAACUUAUGUAAAUAUCUGAUAAAAGAAAU